GUGUUGUGAGGAUUUUUGAAAAUCAAGUAAGUCCGAUCAUCAAUUUGUUGUUGCCAUCCGUGCCGUGACCCUAUAUUACACACGUGGCUGACCUCAGUUUUAUUGUGUUGUCGAUUGAGCAACUGGGCGGAGUCUUGAUCAAUCUUCAUUUCUGUGGACACUUCAGUCAUUCAGUCAUUGACUUGAACAAAAAUGUCUUCGAAAUUCCUCAUCUUACUCGCAUUUUGUGGAGCUACCCUUGUGGCUGCCGAACAGCUUCCAGAAAAGUUCUAUGGAACCUUCGACUUGGAUCACUCUGAAAAUUUUGAUGAGUACCUCACUGCCAAAGGAUACGGAUGGUUCACUCGAAAGCUUGUAACCUUUGCGACAUUCAAGAAGGUUUUUGCCAAGAAUGCUAACAAAAACCUCUUCGACUACUCCAACUUGACAUCGAAAAAAGAUGUGUUCUACAAAAACGUCCAGAUCGGAAGCAAGUUCGAAGGAGAGGGUCUUGAUAACACCAAGCACGAGGUUACCUUCACUCUCAAGGACGGACACUUGUUCGAACAUCACAAGCCACUUGAAGAGGGAGAAUCCAAGGAAGAAACCUAUGAGUAUUACUUUGAUGGAGAUUUUCUUAUUCAGAAGAUGAGCUUCAACAAUAUCGAAGGCCGCAGAUUCUACAAGAGACUCCCAUAAAAGUUUAAACUUAUUCUAUUGAAAUUUUCUUAAAUUUGCAAUUCAAUUUCAUUUCCGAAAAAAAUAAAUUUAUUUUCAAGC